GGAUCUCUGGUAGUGUGGUCUCUCUGUGCCCAACAGUGGUGCGGUACUGAGCUCACUGGCGCCCCCUCUCUGUCUCCCAACACACAGCACACUAAUGAUUUUGCCCUGUACACCGAGGCCAUUAAGUUCUUCAACCACCCAGAGAGCAUGGUCCGUAUCGCAGUCAGAACCAUCACACUGAACGUCUACAAGGUCUCAUUGGACAACCAGCACAUGCUGCACAUCAUUCGAGACAAGACGGCGGUCCCUUACUUCAGUAACCUGGUCUGGUUCAUCGGCUCUCACGUCAUAGAGCUGGACAAGUGUGUUCAGACGGACCAAGAGCAUCGUAACCGGGGGAAGCUGAGUGACUUGGUAGCAGAGCAUCUCGACCAUCUCCACUACCUGAACGAUAUCCUGACUAUCAACUGUGAGUUCCUGAACGAUGUCCUGACAGACCACCUGCUCAACCGUCUGUUCCUGCCUCUCUACGUCUUCUCUCUGGUCUGCCCUGAACAGUCUGAAGAUCGUAAGAUCAACCCUCAGGUGUCCCUUAACCUACUGUCACAGGUGUUUCUCAUCAUCCACUACCAGCCGCUGGUCAACUCUCUGGCUGAGGUAAUCUUCAACGGAGACCUGUCUGUCUUCACACAGCACAAAACCACAGUCAGCGCAGGCGUCCGUCGCUUCACCAAGCCUCCUGAGUCUCUGGAGCGGUCUCUGGAGCUGUCCUGCAAUCGGGGGCGCAAGCGAGCCCAGAAACGCCCCAACUAUAAGAACCUGGGAGAGGAGGAGGAGGAAGAGGAGAGGCCGGGGGGAGGAGAGGAGGGCUUGGAGGACAGCGAGAGAGAGAGGGAGAAGGCUAAAGGUACAGAAGGGAGCAGUAAGGGAAGCAGCAGGACAAGUGGGGAGAUGGAAGAGAUAGAGAUGGUGGUGAUGGACAAGGGGACGUCGUCGUCGUCGUCGGCAACGGAGCAGAAUAUCACCGACGAGGAGAAGACUGCUGCCGCUGCUCGCACACAGAGGAAGAGGUGUGAUGAGGUGUGA